CUGCUGUAGGGCCUUAUAUCAAGCCUGGUAAUAUCACUAAAGCAGUGUGCAGCACAAAGGCAUGACUGCACUCGCAGCAUUUCAUCCUGCUGUGGAAUGAAGCAUGCCUGCUUCAACACGCCUCUAUCUCAGCUCUCUUCAGUGGAAGCACAGGGAGAAAGAGGCUGUGGACACACCAUAGCAAAGACCCUCAAUGUCCCAGGAGUGUGCCAGAUCUGGGCCAGGGACGUCAAUUGGACCUUUCCAUCAGGGUUCUUCAGGGUUGAUCUCUGAAACCCCAUUACCCCUCUGAGUGUGUUUCCCUGUCAUGUCUGAGAACGGAGAGCUGGAGGACAAACCCCCUGCCCCCCCAGUCAGAAUGAGCAGCAACUUUAGCAUCGGCAUCAAGGACAGUAUGUCAACAAACCCCAGUUCUAAACCCCUGCCCUCCGUCCCAGAGGAGAAGAGGGACAAACCGCGCAACAAGAUCAUAUCCAUAUUCUCAGCAGAGAAAGGAAGAAAAAAAGACAAGGAUAAGGAGCGUCCAGAGAUUUCAAGCCCUUCAGACUUUGAGCACACCAUACAUGUGGGCUUCGAUUCUGUCACGGGGGAGUUCACUGGCAUGCCAGAGCAGUGGGCUCGGCUGCUGCAGACCUCCAACAUCACGAAAUCUGAGCAGAAGAAAAACCCUCAGGCUGUCCUGGAUGUGCUCAAAUUCUACGAUUCCACAGGCAACAGCAGGCAGAAAUACCUCAGCUUUACAGAUAAAGAUGCACCACCAGCAAAAAAAGGCUCAGAGCAAUCACCAGUCAAGGAUGAUGAUGAUGACGAUGAUGAAGCCCCACCUCCUGUUGUAGCACCACGUCCUCAACAUACCAUAUCUGUAUACACUCGCUCUGUCAUCGAUCCCAUUCCAGCACCUGCUGCCAUUUCAGAGACAGAUGGUUGUAAAGCUGCAGAUAAACAGAAGGGCAAGGCCAAGGGCAAGAUGACAGAUGAGGAGAUUAUGGAAAAACUUAGAACUAUUGUCAGUAUUGGAGACCCCAAGAAAAAAUACACAAGAUAUGAAAAAAUCGGACAAGGUGCGUCUGGUACGGUGUACACAGCCAUUGACGUUGCUACUGGCCAAGAGGUUGCCAUCAAGCAGAUUAACCUACAGAAGCAGCCCAAGAAGGAGCUGAUCAUCAAUGAGAUCCUGGUGAUGAAGGAGAUGAAGAACCCAAACAUUGUCAACUUCUUAGACAGCUUCUUGGUAGGAGAUGAGCUCUUUGUGGUAAUGGAGUACCUUGCGGGAGGCUCUCUGACGGAUGUGGUUACAGAAACCUGCAUGGAUGAAGCACAAAUAGCUGCUGUCUGCAGAGAGUGUUUACAAGCUCUAGAGUUCCUGCAUUCAAACCAGGUCAUUCAUCGAGACAUCAAAAGUGACAAUGUUCUAUUAGGAAUGGAUGGAUCUGUCAAACUAACUGAUUUUGGGUUCUGUGCUCAAAUCACACCUGAGCAAAGUAAGAGAAGCACCAUGGUAGGAACACCCUACUGGAUGGCCCCUGAGGUGGUCACACGGAAAGCAUAUGGGCCCAAAGUGGACAUAUGGUCCCUGGGUAUCAUGGCCAUUGAGAUGGUAGAAGGCGAACCUCCUUAUCUCAAUGAAAACCCUCUGAGGGCGCUGUACCUCAUCGCUACUAAUGGCACCCCAGAGCUGCAGAACCCGGAGAAACUGUCACCCAUUUUUAGAGACUUCCUAAACCGCUGCCUCGAGAUGGAUGUGGAGAAGAGAGGUGGAGGAAAAGAACUCUUGCAGCAUCCUUUCCUCAAGCUGGCGAAGCCUCUCUCCAGCCUCACUCCUCUUAUACUUGCUUCCAAGGAGGCAAUGAAGAGUAACCGUUAGCCAAUGCCCAAAUUCCUUCUCGCAACCGAUUCCUGUGAAAAUCUCUAUCACUCCAGCAGAGUCCCCCUUCUAGUCCCGUGAAGGACCUUUGCUAUUCAGCCCUAAGGACCCUUUUCAUCUCCACCCGGGCGACUAACUUGCACAAUCACCAUGUCUUGCCUCCUCACACCAAACUCUCUUUUAAUGUGCCUUAAGGGGCUACAAAACCCAGAGGAGCCAAUGACUGUAGACCUCUCUUGUUUUCUACUGAUGUUUCUCAUUGUAUUUGUUUAAUGUAAACUGUUCAGACACCAUUGCAUUGGUCAUUGUGUACCUGAACAUUUCAAAUUUCUCUUGUAUUUUAAUUCAUUUUGAGUAUUGUUGAACUCUGGCCUAACAAAGUACCUUUUCCCUUUUUUACCAUCAAGAGAAGUAUUCUAAUACUUAAACUGCCUCAUCCUUUCUUAAUGACCUUUCACCUGUGCCUACUACCUAUUUGCCUUCACUUGUCUCAACAAAAUGGAACGAUUUUGCUGUAUAAAAAAUUCUAUGAACCAUUUCUGUUUUUAAAUUUUUAUUGCAAAACCUAAAGUUUAUUCAAUCGUUUUGUAUAUUAUGUAUUUUGAUUAGCGUGCAGAAAUGGGGGUGGGGGGGCAGGAAUCAGGACAUUUUUACAAGUUUUGUAUUUAUGUGCAUGUAUACAGUAUUUUAUAUUUUAUGUCAGACCUUAAUGCAUCUCCAGAGGUUGUCGGAAUAAUUGGAAUAAUUUGCUAUAUUCUUUGUAUGUUAAAUCUAACUGUUUUUUAACACAUUUCAAUGAAAAACAUUUUCAGACGUUCCAACUGAGUAAAUACACUUCCUGUCUUUUUUCUGCUCGUUUCCUAUGAGAUACAAAGUUUUUAAUGAUGAAACCAUCAUAAAAUCUAUCCUUUGUAAAUUAUUAUUAAAACAGACUUGGAGCAAAGAUGA